UACCUUACAUUUAAUCGAUUUAAUCGAUUAAACCAAUUCGAUUAAUCGCUUUCCAGACAGUGGCAGAAGUGGCGGGAAAAUUUUGAAACCGCUCUGUAUAAUGCGGAGCACGAACAGCCACGGCGGGGCUGCGAAGAGCGAGAGCGACUGUCGACUGUUUUUCCGAAUCCCGAGUUCUGCCGAGUCGGCCAAGCGCUCCCCCGCUUUACGCACACGUAGCACAGGCUGCCCGGGGUCCCAGGCGCCGGAGAGAGGCCACCCCCGUGGAGAAAGAAAUGAACUAGGCGAAAGCAACAAGUCUUGGCAAUACUCUCUCCUAAUUUCUCCUUCCUCCAUACCGACCCUCCUCCCACUCUGGCUAUCGCCUCCCCUCCAACCUUUCUGUGUGGCUGCGUGCUGGACUGCUGGUUGGCCAUUAGUGCAAGUGCGUGUGGGUCGCUCUUUGUAUCGAAGUCGCGAUAGCACUUUCGUACAUAUUGUUGUGUUACCGUUGUCACGCCAUAAUGCCAUCUGAUCGGAAGAGAAGUGCGGUGUGGGCAUUGUUCACUGAAGAUGAGAAGACGAAGAGCGCUAAGUGUGAUAAAUGUGGCAAACAAUAUUCUAAGCCGGCGACGGAAACCCUGCGAUACCACCUGCUGCACGCCCACUUCAUUAAAGUGCCAAAGGGGCCUCCUACAAGGAAAGGCGACCAUGACGACGAUGUCGACGAUCCUCCUUCUGCUCAAGGCGCCAAUCAGCCUGUUCUGGCUGAAGAAAGUGCUGCUGGCUCGGCGGCAACAACUGGGUCUGCAACUAGAAAACCCGCUAAUGCCGCUACAAGCCCUCGAGGUUCUGUUCCUUCCUCGUUUGUGGGACCCAUGGAAAAGUGCCUCUCCAGUGCUAGUGUGUUUGCAAGAGGAGGAGUCCGUGAAAAGCAUGCUACUGAUGCUCUCGUAUACAUGAUCACGCACGACGACUUGCCUCUGAGCACAACCGAGAAGGAUGGCUUCAAGAUGUUCGUGAAGGCAUUGCAGCCACUCUACAAGCCUCCCACUGAGCCUACUGUCACAAAGAGCCUCGACGCUAAGUACGAGGACCUCAGGGCACAUUAUGGGCGGAGAAUUCAAGCAGCUGAUCAUCUGAACCUCACGGCUGACCUUUGGACGCAUGAGAGCACAAUGCGGUCGUACCUAGGCCUCACGGUGCAUUUUAGAGAAGGUAAAUAUUUUCAGGAAAAUUUGAAAAAUGAGAAACCCUUUUCCUUUGUCAUGACGCGUAACCAUAUUUUCUGUGCGUACCCUAAUAAACAAUGUUUUACUGUUUUAGGUACCGAACUAGUGAAUGUCGAAACUGGCGUUAAGCACAUGCCAGAAAGAAAAACAAGUUUGAAUAUUCGCGUAGCAAUGCGCGAAUUAUGCGACGAGUGGAAUAUUGACCAGAAGAAAGUCCGGGCUGUCAUCACAGAUGGUGGGCAAAACAUUAAGGCAGCUGUCCGCGAAGAAUUUGGUGCCGAUAAGCACAUUUCCUGUGUAGCCCAUCUCUUAAACCAAGUAGGUCAAGCUGCCAUUGGUCUAGCAAUGUCCAAAGCCCCUUCGGAACUUGAAGCACGUGAGGUUCUGGUGGUCCCGGAGAAUGAAGAAGAUGCUGAGGCUGUGCUGGAGGACGUCCCUGAUGCAGAUGCACCCGACGAUGACGGUUCACCACUCGUCGACCUUCGGCCACUGCUAAUGAAGGUGAAGAGGAUCGUUCGCUUCUUUCGCACCAGCGAUGUUGCAUCAAGGCUAUUGGUGGAAAUGCAGCUCCAGGAUGGCAAGCAGGAGCAUGAUGCAUUAAAAUUAAUCCAGGAAGUCAGGACCCGGUGGAAUUCUUGCUAUUACAUGUUGGAGCGCUUCUUGAAGUUGUCCGAGCCUGUCAGCCGGGUCCUCUUACAGCUGCAGAGGGAGAGAGGAGCCACUCGGAGAAAGCCGCCCAAUCUAAUCUCUGGUGACCAGCUUGACGUCCUUAGCGAAGUAAAGGACCUACUAAAGCCAUUGGAGGAAGCCACGCUUAUGGUUUCGAAGGGUCGUUCCGUGACACUCAGCGAUGUAAUCCCCAUGGUGUACGGCCUAAAGCAGGGUAUCCACAGCUUUCAGCCUAGUCACCCCGUCACUCUCAAUCUGCAGCAAAAGCUGCUCUCAGAAGUGAACACACGAUUUAGUGGCAUCGAGUACCUGCGCCCGUACGCGGCCGCGACAAUUUUGGACCCACGGUACAAGAAGUAUGUUUUCGAACAUCCUCAGGCGGUGGCAAUGAUCGUCCGGUACCUAAGUGGAAAAGUUGCUGAAAAGGUUGGUGCUGCCGGCCGCGCUCUAGAAGAGGAUCUUGCUAGGCCGAAUACGUCGCCUCCUUCUUAUGGCAUCUGGACCGCCGUUGACCAGGCACUUCGCCGUAACUGCACUGGUACAAUGGAUCAAGAGUCGGAAAGCCAAAUGCCUUCACAAUUGAAGGCAUACUGUAACAACCCCGUCGUUGAUCGUCGUGCCAAUCCCAGGCCGCUGGAGACGUGGCACAGCAUGCGUGUGGGUUUGGAGCACGUAUUCGAAGUAGCGAUGGAGUUUUUGUCGAUCCCAGCAACAUCUGUAGCGUCAGAGCGGCUGUUCUCACACGCUGGUUGUGUGGCCAGUCAAAGAAGGUGCCGGUUGUCACCCAAACACCUGAGCCAGUUGACAUUCCUUCGCUCUGUGGAAAAGAGCAUGUGGUUCAAUAACAUUAACCAUUAAUUUUCUUCUCUCCCUAUCCAUAUUUCAAGUUUUUGCAUACUUUAGUUGGACCUCACCUAUCACAUGUGCCAUAUUUUUUAAGUGCCAUUUUUUUUCCUAUUGUUUAAUUAUUAAGUGCUUCACUCAGUAAGUGCCAUUUUAUACUUAUAUUGUUUAUUCCUUCACUAGUCACUAGUGGCAAUUAUAGUUGACCUUUAACAAAUUAAAG